AAAAUUCAAUUUUUACUUGCGGAAUAAUAUAUGUAACGACGUAAUAAAAUCUAAUAGCAGGAUUGGAUGUUAGCUGUUACUAAAUACAACCAAGAUAUAAUCUUGACUCGUUUAACGAUACACAAAAAUAGAUAUCAAUGUAUACAGGAUGGCCAACGUAAAACGUUACGAACUGUUUUCAUCGCAACAGUUAAAUAUAUCUACUUAAAAUUAAUUUUCUCCGCAUUAUUAACUUACGUCAUUAAAUGGAGUGAAAUAUAAAUUAUUUCUUACUUCAAUAAUUCUUACUAAACCUAAUAAUACCGUUUUGAAAUAUCCUCUUAUUUAACAAAAAUAAAAAUAAGGUCGUUGUAACACUUUACAUGAGUCAUCCUGGUUGUGUAAUGUAACGCAUUUUACAGGUAUUUAACUUCAUUUAGCAUUUUAUCCUUAUUACUAGCUAACACCUUCCCACUAACAUUUCAGGCUCCCGAAACUUAUCGGGAAAUCGUGGAGAUUAUUACGACGAUCUGGACUUUAUUUACGACGGACGUGGCCGAGCAUAUCCGGAGGACGAUUUCGAAGAUGAUUUCGUUUUGAAUCAACGCCGGUACAAAGAACGUGCCGCGGCUGCCUUCGAGGAAGAUUUGGCCGAAUUGAGACGCAAGAGAAGAGACAUGCAGGACCGUAUUUUCGACGUAAUCGAUUUGAACGCCGAAAUUGAGAAGGCCAAGAACACCUUAGAAGCCGCCGACAAUGCUUUCCAAAGACACGCAACUAAAUUCGAUAAUAACGAAGACGAUCAAGACAACAUAACUCUAACACAGAAACUCGAUAGAUCACGGAAAUUGGCCAAUAUGGAACUCGUUCCAGAAAAAUCUAAAGCCAAACCGCAAAUUAUAUUACAGUGGGCAAGAAUGCAAAACGUAGAUCCGGAAAUAUCAACGCCUCGAGCUUUCAAAGGAAGAGCUCGAUUUAACUCUUUAGCCGAUGCUAAUGAAUUUGUCGAAGACCCAUUAGAUGUUCUUGCCAUGCAACCGAUAAAAAGAAAGUUUCUGAAACGGAAGAAGAGCGUCUCCUUUUAA